AUGUCUAAGGGGAUUCUGCAGGUGCACCCUCCGAUCUGCGACUGUCCCGGCUGUCGAAUAUCUUCCCCAGUGAACCGGGGACGGCUGGCAGACAAGAGGACGGUUGCCCCGCCCCCUGCCCGGGUCCUGAAGAAGGAGCAGACCCCCAGCUUCUCCACUAGUGAUGGUGACAGUGAUGGGAGUGGGCCAGCCUGCGGGUGGAGGCCAGACCUAAAGCAGGAGAAUGACCCGCAUGUCCGUAUCAUGAAGAGAAGGGUCCACACCCACUGGGAUGUGAACAUCUCCUUCCGAGAGACAUCCUGCAGCCAGGACAGCAAUAUCCCCACCCUCAUAUCCAGCGUCCAUCGCAGCCGCCACCUCGUGAUGCCAGAGCAUCAGAGCCGCUGUGAGUUCCAGAGAGGCAGCGUGGAGAUCGGCCUAGGACCUGCAGGUGACCUGUUGGGCAAGAGGCUGGGCCGCUCCCCUCACAUCAGCAGCGACUGCUCUUCAGAGAAGAGGGCCCGAAGAGAGUCCCCCCAAGAGAGUCUGCUGCUGCCAGAGCUGGGGCCCAGCAUGGCUCCAGAGGAACACUACCGCCGGCUUGUGUCAGCACUGAAUGAGGCUGGCACCUUUGAGGACACUCAGCGUCUCUACCACCUGGGCCUCCCCAGCCAUGAUCUUCUGAGGGUCCGGCAAGAGGUGGCAGCUGCGGCUUUGAGGAGCCCCAGUGGCCUGGAAGUCCACCUGCCUUCAUCUCCUGCAGGUCAGCGUCGGAAGCAGGGCCUGGCUCAACACCGAGAGGGCCCUGCCCCAGCUGCCUCCGCGUCCUUCUCAGACAGGGAGCUGCCGCAGCCGCCCCCUCUGCUGUCGCCCCAGAAUGCCCCUCACAUCGCCCUGGGCCCUCAUCUCAGGCACCCCUUUUUGGGGGUACCCUCGGCUCUGUGCCAGACACCAGGCUACGGUUUUCUGCCCCCCGCCCAAGCGGAGAUGUUUGCCCGGCAGCAGGAGCUCCUGCGGAAGCAGAGCCUAGCGCGGUUGGAGCUGUCUGCGGACCUGCUACGCCAGAAGGAGCUGGAAUGUGCGCGUCCGCAGCAGGUGGCGCCCGAGGCCGCCCUGCGUUCCCCCGACGGCACCGAGGAGUUGCAGCGGCGCGGGGCCAUGCUGGUGCUGAAACACAGCUCCGCACCGCUGUUGGCCCUGCCCCCGGAGUCUGGGCCUCCCACCCCACCCAGAGAGCCUGCCCGCCGAGUCUCCCGAAAAGGGGUCCCUGGCUCUGCCUCCACCCAGCCCAGCGACUCCAAGGAGAUGACAGGAACUGUGCUCUGGACACAAGAUGGCUCAGAGGAUGAGACCCCCAAAGACUCAGACGGAGAAGAUUCCGAGAUGGCUGCUGGGGGCAGGGGCCUCACCCCAGGCCAAGUGCCAGCUGGAGGAGCCAGUGCAGAGGGGAAGGGGCUUCUCUCAGGAUCCACACUGCCCCUGGGCUUCCCCUAUACCAUCAGCCCCUACUUCCACACAGGUGCUGUGGGGGGACUCUUUAUGGAUGGGGAGGAAGCCACAGCCCCUGAGGAUGUCAGCAAGUGGACCGUGGAUGAUGUCUGCAGCUUUGUGGGGGGCCUGUCUGGCUGUGCGGAGUAUACUCGGGUCUUCAGAGAACAAGGUAUAGAUGGGGAGACCCUGCCAUUGCUGACUGAGGAGCACCUGCUCACCACAAUGGGGCUGAAGCUGGGGCCAGCCCUCAAGAUCCGGACUCAGGUGGCUAGGCGCCUAGGCCGAGUCUUCUACAUGGCAAGCUUCCCGGUGGCAUUGCCACUGCAGCCACCAACCCUACGAGCCCCAGAGCAGGAGCUCAGCACAGGAGAACGGCACCCAUCCCCAGCAACAGUCCCCUCCCCCUAUGCAGGGGCUCACCACCCAGCAAGCCGAGCUUCACCCAAGCAGGAAAAUGGGACCUUGGCUCUGCUCCCAGGACCCCCAGACUCCUCCCAGCCCCUGUGUUAA